AGGCUGCAGCGUGUGUUUAUUGAUGAGAUGAAAGAAGAUGGAAGUGAGAAAUGAAAGAAAGUAAAGGACAAUAUUAACAAAACUCUAGCCUUGCCGGGGGAAAAACCGGGGAAGCUGUGAAAAGCUGUUGCCACUGGAGAACAAGCUUAGACCAGCAGUGGUAGGUCUGGAGUGGGUCAUAACACAGCCGUAGGAACGUCAGAUGUGAUCUCUGAAGUCUGUCUACGGUGGAGAAGAACGGAGCUCUCCAUCCUAUGUAGAGAGGGUGAGAAGAGAGAGAGGACGCCAGUGUUGACCACGGGGACAGGACUAUGAAAUAACAGGCUAGCCCUGGCCUCCAUCCAUCACCCACCCACCAAACCCCACCAGCAACAACCUGUAGCGAGACCUGAGUCUUCACCAGCCUCACACACACAUCUUCCCUACAGAGUGCCGUCAGACUGUGACAUCAGUUGGAAGGGGAUGACCGAGCGCAUUCACAAUAUCAAUCUCCACAACUUCAGCAAUUCUGUACUUGAGACCCUCAAUGAGCAGAGAAACCGCGGGCACUUCUGUGACGUGACCGUUCGGAUCCAUGGCAGCAUGCUGCGUGCUCACCGGUGUGUGCUGGCGGCUGGGAGCCCUUUCUUUCAGGACAAGCUGCUCUUGGGCUACAGCGACAUCGAGAUUCCCUCCGUGGUCUCAGUGCAGUCCAUUCAAAAGCUGAUCGAUUUCAUGUACAGUGGCGUGCUGCGCGUCUCGCAGUCCGAAGCCUUGCAGAUCCUCACCGCCGCCAGCAUCCUGCAAAUCAAAACUGUCAUUGACGAAUGCACACGCAUUGUCUCACACAAUGUCGGCAUCGCCGCGCCGGGCGCCUACCCUGCCGCCCCGGGCGACUCCGGGCAGGACACCCCGCGGGGCACGCCGGAAUCGGGCACGUCGGGGCCGAGCAGUGACGCUGAGUCGGGAUACGUCCACGGAACGUCGCAGCAGGGACUGGAACGCACCUACCCCUCCCUCUACUCCUCGUACCCGGGUCUGGCGCUGCAGAACGGCACACGAGAACGGUCUCACUAUGAUGGCACCGGGGCGGACCCGGCCUGGAUCACGCGGAUCCACGAACGGUCGCAGCAGAUGGAGCGAUUCCUCACCACGUCGGAAACCACCCACUGCCGUAAGCAGCCGCGGCCUUCGCGCAUACAGACGGGCGGCGUGAACAUCAAGCAAGAGGCGGAAGAUGAGUACAACUACGGACAGGAGGAUUUUCGGGAGGACGCGGAGCAACCCGAGGGAGUGGAAAGCGAGCCCAAAGGUGAGAGCUUUGAUUCGGGGGUCAGCUCCUCCAUCGGCACCGAACCGGACGCCGCGGAACAGCAGUACGUGUCCAGCUUCGCCAGUCGAGACGGAAUGGGCGACGGCCCGCAGGGCGAGGGCGGGACGCCUGUCCGGUCGAUCGAGGUAAACGAUUCGUCCCCGGAGCAGCUUGCAGAAGGGGGUGAGGAUAGUAGCAGCGGCGGCGGCGGAGCCGGAAGUGGCGGCAACGGAAACAACAGCGCCUCCCAGAGCGGUGGAGGGGGAGAGCUCAGUCUGCUCCAGCCACCGCCGAACCCCAUCACGCCCCAGUCUUUGCCUGGCAGUCAGCUCUACUUACGGCCGCCAGAACAUCUCACCAGCAACCUCCGCCUGGCGCCCACGCUCACAGGAAACAGCCAGGUCAUGAGCACUGCAGGGAGCACCUACCUGCCUUCCCUGUUUGCCCCUCAGCCUGCCAGCAACAGCAAAAACUACAUCUUCAGCUUGCCUCAGUCUAUUGGAGGCCAGCAGCCCCAGUUUGUGGCUGUCCCUCCCCCCAGCAUGCCGCCGUUCCCCAGUGCACUGGCAGUGCCCGGGGGCGGAGGCCAGCAACAGCAAGCUGGAGGGGGUGGGGUCGGACAGAAUGAGAAAAAACCCUAUGAGUGCACUCUCUGCAGUAAGACCUUCACUGCCAAGCAGAACUACGUCAAACACAUGUUUGUACACACCGGUGAGAAGCCACAUCAGUGCAGUAUCUGCUGGCGUUCGUUCUCACUGAAGGAUUACCUGAUCAAACACAUGGUCACACACACGGGCGUGCGCGCCUACCAAUGCAGCAUCUGCAACAAACGCUUCACCCAGAAGAGCUCCCUCAACGUGCACAUGCGCCUCCACCGUGGAGAGAAGUCCUACGAGUGUUACAUCUGUAAGAAGAAAUUCUCCCACAAAACCCUGCUCGAGAGGCACAUGGCGCUUCACAGCACGGGCGGGGGUGUCACGGGCGUGACCGGGGCGGCGGGAGGAGCCGGUCCCGUCUCCAUCCCCGUUCCCAUGGCGGUACCGGAGCCCGGCGCGGGCGUGGUGGCGUUGGCCAUGCCGGUGGGUGGGGGCGGAGCCGGCGUAGGAGGAGGAGUCGGAGUAGGGGGCACGGGAGUGGGCGUGGCCGCGGAAGCCAGCUGCCAGGAAGGGACCACCUACGUGUGCUCUGUCUGCCCAGCCAAGUUCGACCAAAUCGAGCACUUCAACGACCACAUGCGUAUGCAUGUCUCCGACGGAUAAGUACAAAUGAAAAAAAAAA